UACGUAAAUCUUCCAUAAAGGCGUCUCAAUCGAUGUUGUUUGCCGCGUUUCUUCUGUACUCGCUCGUGAUUGGCUGUGCCAACUAUGACUCAUCUUCGUACUUACUCAUGAUUGGCUGUUGCUACCUUGACUCACUUGCCCCAUCCGCUCUCCCGAUUGGCUCUUUGUAAUAGAAAGACAUCAAAGAAGAUAAAAAAUAUAUAAAUAUAAAAGAUAAAUACUGGCCAUUUUGUUUUGUCUCGCAUUAUGGUCUAAAAAAUCAUCAGUCAAUAUUCUAGUCGUCUCAGCAUUCAAAAUGUCCGCGAGACCGGCAAAGUUUCAUGAAAAUCUUUGUGGAGUGAAGGAGGAGCCCCCACGUUACCGACACUCGACUGUGUGCAAACUAAUGCACGCUAAGGUGGUUCUUCACAGACUUGAAGAUCUAUAUGUCAGCAAAGCCCAUUAUCCUGAGCACCAGGAGUCUGCAUGCAUCAAAGAAGAGCAGGAAGAGUCGCCAUCCAUCAAAGAGGAAGAGUUCGUACACAUUGAAGGUUUCAGAAAAUAUUUUGGUGUUGAGCGGCAGGAGCCAGAAUCUCCUGGCGUUAAAGAGGAUGUUGAGCUACCCCAAAUCAAAGAGGAGGAGCCAAAGCCUUGUCAACAGAAGCAACUUCCAAUCAAGAAGGAGGAGGAAGAGAUACCAUGCGUUAAAGAAGAGCAAGAGAUGGAGCACAUCACCGAGUCGAAUGGUGAACUAUGUCCUCUUGUGUGGCAAAAUCAAAAGGAAAAAACCCCUACGCAGCUGUUAAAGUAGACCCAGACAGUGAUUACAUCACACCAGGUACUCUUGACCUGGAGCAGCUCUUCUGGACUGGCACCAGUGUUGAAUACGCACACGUCAACCAAGUCUGGCCUAAUGUGUUCAUCGGUGAUGAGAAGACCGCUUUGGAGCGACCUGGUCUAAAGGAACUCGGUGUUACGCAUGUGCUGAAUGCUGCAGAAGGGAAGUACAAUAACGUGCUGACCGGUGCAGUUUACUACUCUGACUCGGACAUCCAAUAUUUUGGGGUGGAGGCUGACGAUAAACCCACAUUUGACAUCUCCCAGUUCUUUUGGCGGACCACAGAGUUCAUCAGAGAGGCCUUGAGCCACCCUCAGAACAAGGUGCUCGUACACUGUGUGAUGGGUCGCAGCCGUUCAGCGUCACUGGUCUUAGCCUACCUGAUGAUGGAAGAAGGCCUAACCGUGGUGGACGCCAUCGAGCACGUACGACAUCGUCGUUGCGUCCUGCCCAACCAUGGUUUCCUCAAGCAGCUCAGAGCUCUGGACAUUGCACUGCAAGAGGAGAAGCUGAGACAAAAACAACAAAAGAUGCUAGAUCAACAGUCAUGAUUGAGAUUGAAUUUGACGGAGGGUGAACACUUGAUCGAAUUCGUCAUCGACAUCAACAAAUGAACAUCGGAGGAGAAAUGAAACAUAUUUAGGAGUUUUAAGAAGUGUUUUGUUAAAUUGGAAAGAUUAGAAUAACGCAGCAGCUUGAUGAACAACAAUUGUCAAAUUUGAAACACAUAGUAUUCCAAAUAUUGCAUCUGAAAUUAUAGUAAUAUAAAUCGUGUGUUUUCUAAUGUUCCCUUGCUAAAAGAUGUGUAUUUUAUUGUCUUCUUAAAGUAACAACAUUGUUUUCCGAUGUAUAUCCAAAAGUUUAAGCUACCGGAGCCAAUAUUUAUAAACCUGAUAGCUCCACGUGCGGUAUCAAGAAGAAAACGAUAUUUUUUGCACUCUCGCCCACCAAUGCUUGUUUUGUCAAACAGUGGUGAGGUAUGUCACUUGAGCCCCUGUGUAAGGUGAAGCGGAUUUACCUGUGUCAUGGCUUUCAGAUAUGGGGAGAUGUACCGGGAAUUAUUAGGGUUGGACACUUUCAGACUUGUCCCAUGUUGGCGACUCGGUGGUUUCUGUGCUGGGAUGGCGGGGGACGGGAUUUUAUAACACACACUACAUCAUUUUUGGUUGGCAUUGACAUCAAAAUAAACCACACAUUUCCAAAGAAGGACAAUGGACUGUCUCUUCCUCAGAUGUAAGAACCAGUAGCAAUGUUUCCAGUUUAAUUUUGCUAUCUUUCCAGUUUGCCAUGUUGAUAACUGCAAUGUUUGUUUACCGCUCUUGGUCUAACUGCGAAGAAAGAGGGAAUGAUGAUCGGUCCGCCCUGAUAUUUACGUCAUCAGCCUUCGCGCUGUGACCCGGGAAUUAAAUGAGUGCUUUCACACAUGCCGCGUCCCAGGUAAGUCCUGGACAUAAUAAACAAUUAUCCAAGAUACUUCCGCUU